UGUUGCUGCUGCUGAUGCUUGCUGCAGCUGCAAUAUCUUCCAAACAGCCACCCAGAGACCCCGGCCAGAGCAUGGCCAGGUGGAUGGCCUCGGGUGCUGCUCCCACCAGGAUCCAUAGCCGUUGGCUGCUCCAAAUAAGUUUCCCCUGAGAAAAAGUCAGAGGGGUGGGAGCUAACCCUGACUGUGUGACUGUGCCUCCAGGGACCCUUCCAUGAAGACUGAGGCCGGCAUCGCAGCUGCUGAGAGCCUGCUGACAUGACAUCGGCCACAGAGUUUGAAAACGUGGGCAACCAGCCACCCUACAGCCGGAUCAACGCUCGCUGGGAUGCCCCAGACGACGAGCUAGAUAAUGACAACAGCUCGGCCCGGCUCUUUGAGCGGUCCCGGAUCAAGGCCUUGGCAGAUGAGCGGGAAGUGGUGCAGAAGAAGACCUUCACAAAAUGGGUGAACUCCCACCUGGCCCGAGUGUCCUGCCGGAUCAGCGACCUCUACAAGGACUUGCGGGAUGGCCGGAUGCUCAUCAAACUUCUGGAGGUGCUCUCUGGAGAAAUGCUGCCAAAGCCCACGAAGGGGAAGAUGCGCAUCCACUGCCUGGAGAACGUGGACAAGGCCCUGCAGUUCCUCAAGGAGCAGCGCGUGCACCUGGAGAACAUGGGCUCCCACGACAUCGUGGAUGGCAACCACCGCCUGGUCCUCGGCCUCAUCUGGACCAUCAUCCUGCGCUUCCAGAUCCAGGACAUUGUUGUCCAGACUCAGGAAGGCCGCGAGACACGCUCGGCCAAGGAUGCGUUGCUGUUAUGGUGUCAGAUGAAGACUGCAGGGUAUCCCCACGUCAACGUCACCAACUUUACGUCGAGCUGGAAGGAUGGCCUGGCCUUUAACGCCCUGAUUCACAAGCACCGGCCCGACCUGAUCGACUUUGAUAAACUGAAGGACUCCAAUGCCCGGCACAACCUGGAACAUGCAUUUGAUGUGGCUGAGCGCCAGCUGGGCAUCAUCCCACUGCUGGACCCCGAAGAUGUCUUCACAGAAAACCCUGACGAGAAAUCCAUUAUCACCUACGUGGUGGCAUUCUAUCAUUACUUCUCCAAGAUGAAGGUGUUGGCGGUGGAGGGCAAGCGCGUUGGCAAGGUGAUCGACCAUGCCAUUGAGACGGAAAAGAUGAUUGAGAAGUACAGUGGGCUGGCCUCCGACCUGCUCACGUGGAUCGAGCAGACCAUCACUGUCCUGAACAGCCGCAAGUUUGCCAAUUCGCUGGCGGGCGUCCAGCAGCAGCUGCAGGCCUUCAGCACCUACCGCACCGUGGAGAAGCCACCCAAGUUCCAGGAGAAGGGAAAUCUGGAAGUUCUACUGUUUACCAUCCAGUCUCGCAUGAGAGCCAACAAUCAGAAAGUGUACACACCCCAUGAUGGAAAACUCGUGUCUGACAUCAAUAGGGCUUGGGAAAGCCUGGAGGAAGCAGAGUAUCGGCGGGAGCUGGCCCUGAGAAACGAGCUCAUUCGGCAGGAAAAGUUGGAGCAGUUGGCACGGCGCUUCGACAGAAAGGCAGCAAUGAGAGAGACUUGGCUUAAUGAAAACCAACGCCUCGUGGCCCAGGACAACUUCGGCUACGAUCUCGCAGCCGUGGAGGCCGCUAAGAAGAAGCAUGAGGCCAUUGAGACAGACACGGCCGCCUACGAGGAGCGGGUGAGGGCCCUGGAGGACCUGGCCCAGGAGCUGGAGAAGGAGAACUACCACGACCAGAAGCGCAUCAUUGCCCGGAAGGACAACAUCCUCCGCCUGUGGAACUACCUGCAGGAGUUGCUGAGGGCCCGGCGCCAGAGACUCGAGACAACUCUGGCGCUGCAGAAACUCUUCCAGGACAUGCUUCACAGCAUUGACUGGAUGGAUGAGAUCAAGGCCCACCUUUUAUCUGCCGAAUUCGGGAAGCAUCUGCUGGAGGUUGAGGACCUGCUUCAGAAACACAAGCUGAUGGAGGCUGACAUUGCCAUCCAAGGGGACAAGGUGAAGGCCAUCACCGCAGCCACUGCCCAGUUCACUGAGGGCAAAGGGUACCAGCCUUGUGACCCCCAGGUGAUCCAGGAUCGGGUCAGCCACCUAGAGCAGUGCUUUGGGGAGCUGAGCAACAUGGCAGCGGGGCGCAAGGCCCAACUGGAGCAGUCGAAGCGGCUCUGGAAGUUUUUCUGGGAGAUGGACGAGGCUGAGAGCUGGAUCAAGGAGAAAGAGCAGAUCUACUCCUCCCUGGACUACGGCAAGGACCUGACCAGCGUGCUCAUCCUACAGCGCAAGCACAAAGCCUUCGAGGAUGAGCUCCGAGGCCUGGACACCCACCUGGAGAACAUCUUCCAGGAGGCCGAGGGCAUGGUGGCCCGAAAGCAGUUCGGGCAUCCUCAGAUUGAAGCUCGGGUUAAGGAGGUGGCCGCCCAAUGGGACCAGCUAAAGGAGCUGGCUGCCUUUCGCAAGAAGAACCUCCAGGAUGCGGAGAGUUUCUUCCAGUUCCAGGGCGAUGCGGAUGACCUGAAGGCCUGGCUCCAGGAUGCUCACAAGCUGCUCUCCGGGGAAGAUGUGGGCCAGGACGAAGGUGCCACUCGAGCCCUGGGGAAGAAGCACAAGGACUUCCUGGAGGAGCUGGAGGAGAGUCGAGGAGUGAUGGAACAUCUGGAGCAGCAGGCCCAGGACUUCCCCCAAGAAUUCCGGGAUUCGCCAGAUGUGACCAGUAGGCUGCAGGCCCUCAGGGAGCUCUACCAGCAGGUGGUGGCUCAGGCCGACCUGCGCCGGCAGAGGUUGCAAGAUGCUCUGGAUCUGUACACCGUGUUUGGGGAAACGGACGCCUGCGAGCUCUGGAUGGGGGAGAAGGAGAAGUGGCUGGAGCAGAUGGAAAUUCCAGACACGCUAGAGGACCUGGAAGUUGUGCAGCAUAGGUUUGACAUCUUGGACCAGGAGAUGAAGACCUUGAUGACUCAGAUUGACGGCGUGAACCUAGCUGCCAACAGCCUGGUAGAGAGUGGACACCCACGCAGUGCAGAAGUGAAGCAAUGCCAGGACCACCUGAAUACCAGGUGGCAGGCAUUCCAAGCCAUGGUGUCCAAGCAGCGGGAGGCCGUGGACUCGGCCCUCCGGGUGCACAACUACUGCGUGGACUGUGAGGAGACCAGCAAGUGGAUUGAGGACAAGACAAAAGUGGUGGAGUCCACCAAGGACUUGGGCCGGGACCUGGCAGGUGUCAUCGCCAUCCAGCGAAAGUUGUCAGGUCUGGAGCGAGACGUGGCUGCCAUUCAGGCCCGCGUGGGGGCCCUGGAACGAGAGUCGCAGAGAUUGAUGCAGUCUCACCCUGAGCUGAAGGAGGACAUCGGCCGGCGGCAGGCCUACGUGGAAGAACUGUGGCAGGGCCUGCAGCAAGCCCUGCGUGGCCAGGAGGCCUCUCUGGGAGAAGCCAGCCAGCUGCAGGCCUUCCUGCAGAACCUCGAUGACUUCCAGGCCUGGCUGGCCAUGGCACAGAAGGCCGUGGCCUCGGAGGACAUGCCCGAGUCUCUCCCUGAGGCCGAGCAGCUCCUCCAGCAGCAUGCGGCCAUCAAGGAGGAGAUCGACGGACGCCAGGGGAGCUACCAGAAUGUCAAGGCCUCUGGGGAGAAGGUGAUUCAGGGCCAAACGGACCCAGAGUACCUCCUCCUGGGUCAGCGGCUGGAGGGCCUGGACACCGGCUGGGACGCCCUGCAACGGAUGUGGGAGAGCCGAGGCCGCUCCCUCGCCCAGUGCCUCGGCUUCCAGGAGUUCCAGAAAGAUGCGAAGCAGGCGGAAACCAUCCUCAGCAACCAGGAAUAUACCCUGGCUCAUUUGGAGCCCCCCGACUCCCUGGAAGCUGCAGAGGCCGGCAUCCGGAAGUUUGAGGACUUCUUGUUGUCCAUGGAGAAUAACCGGGACAAGGUCUUGAGUCCUGUGGACUCUGGAAAUAAGCUGGUUGCUGAAGGCAAUCUCUACGCAGACAAAAUCAGGGAGAAGGUGCAGCUGAUUGAGGACAGGUACAGGAAGAAUGAUGAGAAGGCUGAAGACGCUUCGGUUCUGCUGAGAGACAACCUGGAGCUCCAGAACUUCCUGCAGAACUGCCAGGAGCUCACACUCUGGAUCAACGACAAGUUGCUCACCUCCCAGGACAUCUCCUUUGACGAGGCGCGAAACCUUCACAACAAAUGGCUGAAGCAUCAGGCCUUCAUGGCAGAACUGGCUUCCCACCAGGGCUGGCUGGAGAGCAUCGAUGCAGAAGGAAAGCAGCUGAUGGAAGAAAAGCCCCAGUUUUUGGCUCUGGUAUCCCAGAGGCUAGACGCCUUGCACCAGCUCUGGGAUGAGCUUCAAGCCACCACGCAGGAGAAAGCCAAGCACCUCUCGGCCGCCAGGAGCUCUGACCUGCGCUCACAGACCCAAGCUGACCUCAACAAGUGGAUCAGUGCCAUGGAGGAGCAGCUACGCUCAGAUGACCCCGGCAAGGACUUGACCAGCGUCAACCGGAUGUUGGCUAAGCUGAAGCGUGUGGAGGACCAAGUGAACGUGCGGAAGGAGGAGCUGGGGGAGUUGUUUGCCCAGAUGCCCUCGCUGGGAGAGGAGGCAGGAGAAGAGGACUUGAGCAUCGAGAAGCGGUUCCUGGACCUCCUGGAGCCCCUGGGGAGGAGGAAGAGGCAGCUGGAAUCUUCCAGAGCCAAGCUGCAAAUCAGCCGGGACUUGGAGGAUGAGACGCUGUGGGUGGAGGAGAGACUGCCUCUGGCCCAGUCGGCUGACUAUGGCACGAACCUGCAAACUGUGCAGCUUUUUAUGAAGAAAAACCAGACGCUGCAGAAUGAGAUCCAAGGCCACGCGCCACGGGUGGAGGGCGUGCUGCAGAAGGGGCGGCAGCUGGUGGAGGCGGCGGAGAUCGACUGCCAGGACAUCGAGGAGCGCCUGGGUCACCUGCAGGGCUCCUGGGACACGCUGCGGGAGGCAGCAGCCGGGCGGUUGCAGCGCCUGCGAGACGCCAGCGAGGCCCAGCAGUACUACCUGGAUGCAGGGGAGGCCGAGGCCUGGAUCAGUGAGCAGGAACUCUAUGUCAUCUCUGAUGAGACUCCCAAGGAUGAAGAGAGCGCCAUUGUGAUGCUGAAGAGACACCUGAGGCAGCAGCGUGCUGUGGAGGAAUAUGGCAGGAGCAUCAAGCACUUGGCUGGCCGUGCCCAGAGUCUGCUGGCUGCAGGCCACCCUGAGGGAGAACAGAUCAUCAGGCUGCAGGGGCAAGUGGACAAGCAGUAUGCAGGACUGAAGGACAUGGCAGAGGAGCGCAAGCGGAAGCUGGAGAACAUGUACCACCUGUUCCAGCUGAAGAGGGAGGCCGAUGACUUGGAGCAGUGGAUUGCAGAAAAGGAGCUCGUGGCCUCGUCCCCGGAAAUGGGGCAAGACUUCGACCAUGUUACUCUCCUCCGGGACAAGUUCCGAGACUUUGCCCGGGAGACGGGCGCCAUCGGGCAGGACCGAGUGGACAAUGUGAAUGCCAUCAUUGAGCGGCUCAUCGACGCUGGCCAUAGCGAGGCAGCCACCAUCGCUGAGUGGAAAGAUGGACUCAACGAGAUGUGGGCCGACCUGCUGGAGCUCAUUGACACACGCAUGCAGCUGCUGGCUGCCUCCUACGAUCUGCACCGCUACUUCUACACGGGCGCUGAGAUCCUGGGCCUCAUCGAGGAGAAGCACCACGAGCUGCCUGAGGACGUGGGCCUGGACGCCAGCACGGCCGAGUCCUUCAACAGGGUGCACACGGCCUUCGAGCGGGAGCUCCACCUGCUCGGCGUGCAGGUCCAGCAGUUCCAGGACGUGGCCACCCGGCUGCAGACAGCGUAUGCAGGAGAGAAGGCAGACGCAAUCCACAACAAGGAGCAGGAGGUGUCGGCCGCGUGGCAGGCACUGCUCGAUGCCUGUGCCGGGCGCCGCACACAGCUGGUGGACACAGCCGACAAGUUCCGCUUCUUUAGCAUGGUCCGCGACCUCCUGUCCUGGAUGGAGAGCAUCAUCCGGCAGAUCGAGACCCAGGAGAGGCCCAGGGACGUCUCCUCCGUGGAACUGCUCAUGAAGUACCACCAGGGCAUCAGCGCCGAGAUUGAAACCCGAGACGAGAACUUCAGUGACUGCAAGAAACUGGGCGAGUCACUACUACAGCGGCAGCAUCAGGAUUCGGAAGAGAUCCAAAAGAAACUACAGCAGUUAGCGUCCAGGAGGAAAGAGAUGAAUGAGAAGUGGGAUACACGCUGGAAGGAGCUCCGCAUUCUUCUGGAAGUGUGUCAGUUUUCCCGUGAUGCCUCGGUGGCCGAAGCAUGGCUGAUUGCCCAAGAGCCCUACCUGGCCAGCCAGGACUUCGGGCACACCGUGGACAGCGUGGAGAAGCUCAUCAAACGCCACGAGGCUUUUGAGAAGUCCACAGCCAGCUGGGCAGAGCGCUUUGCCGCCCUGGAAAAACCCACUACGCUAGAGCUAAAAGAACUCAAGACCCCUGAGAAACCUGCCGAGGAGCCAGGGCCUCAAGAGGAGGAAGGCGAGACGGCAGGGGAGGCUCCCCGACCCCACCGCACGCUCACCGAGAGAACGUCCCCGGGGGAAGAGAGCCAGAGGCCUCCGGACCCACAGCCACCACCUUCCCAGGGUCUGGAGGAGAAAGGCGGCGGGAAUGAGAGGCAGAACACAGAGCCUGCGUACAAGGUUCUGGACACGCCUCUGAGUGAGGGCGAUGAGCCAGCUACGCUUCCUGUGCAGCGAGACCCUGGGCACAGCGUGCAGAUGGAGGGCUACCUGGGCCGCAAACAUGACCUCGAAGGGCCCAACAAGAAAGCAUCCAACAGGUCCUGGAACCAGCUAUACUGUGUGCUCAGAAAUAGCCAGCUGACCUUCUACAAGGAUGCCAAGAAUCUGGCACUGGGGGUGCCCUACCAUGGGGAGGAGCCCCUGGCCCUGAGGCAUGCCAUCUGUGAGAUCGCUGCCAACUACAAAAAGAAGAAACACGUCUUCAAGCUGAGGCUGAGCAAUGGCAGUGAGUGGCUCUUCCAUGGCAAGGAUGAGGAGGAGAUGCUGUCGUGGCUUCAGAGCGUCAGUAGCGCCAUCAAUGAGUCCCAGAGCAUCCGAGUGAAGGCACAGAGUCUGCCCUUGCCCUCCAUCACCAGCCAGGAUGCCAGCCUGGGCAAGAAGGACAAGGAGAAGAGAUUCAGCUUCUUCCCCAAGAAGAAAUAGCCUCUGGUGGCCCCCCCAGUGGACUAGGCUGGGCCGGGCCAGUGGAGAACUGCGGGAAGGAGCAACUCCCGCCGCCUGGAGAGGCCUGACCAGUCCGACCUUGGUUUGGCCCUGGCCGGUUCUGCUCACGCCUGCCUCCCGGGCUGCCCACUGCCUGCCCCUGCCUGCUAAGAGCCUCCAGCCACCAGGCCAGGGGGGCUCCUGCUGCGCUGCACUGGCUGUCUUGGCCCGCCCUGCUCCUGCAGCCCGAGUCCUACCGCAGAGGGCUAGCUUGGGGGGGCUCCAGGCACAGUGGCUCCUGGUUCCCCAGGCCUGGGAACAGGAACAGGUUCUCCCAGGCACACUAUGCCCUCCUCCUCCCCCAUCCCUGCUGGGCUGAGGGCAUGCCAGCCCCCCACUCCCACCCCAGGAAAGCUGGAGAAGGAAGGCUGAUGGGGGGUCCUCCAACCUCCUAGGCAGGUUCUGCUUGGGGCCAGGUACCAGUGGAUGCCUCCGGGCCAAAGCAAAAGGGAAGAGGAUGUUUCGGGAAUGAGAGUCUAGCUUUGGCUGUGGGUGCUGCUGCAUACUGAGGGAAUUUGCCAUCUCUUCCCAACGGGUUUUCUCAGAGCUAAGACAUCUCAGGGGGCAACCUUCCCACCUGUCACCCCAAAAUGGGCUGGGGGAGGGGUGCACCUUGGAAGGCCUGAGUCAUGACCAAAGGUCAUCCUGCUACCUCUGGCACCCCUGGCAGUCACCAUGGGGUAGGAAGGUGGGGAUGGCCUUAGCUGGUCCUCUUAUACAGGUCAGUGAGUUUAGGGCCCGGGACUGAGCCCAGAGAGGCAGAGCAAGCCCCACCCUGCCCAAACCAAAACUCCCAAUCCUCUUUCCAGUCGCUGCCAAACCCACAGAGCCAGGGUUUCCUAGAGAGACAGACCAGAACAGGAAGUAAACCCAGCGCCUGAAGUGAAGAGCCCCGAAACCAAACGUCCAGUCACCACCAAUGGAAAGUAUCUGCUAGACAGAUGCCCAAUUUAUGGCCAGUCACUCUGGGCUGUCAAACAUGCUCACACUAGAGACAACAGCGAGGGCCUGAGCCCAUGAAGCUGUGGCACCUACCUUGGCUUCUCCUGAAGGUCCUGACCUUGAGUCUUGGGGGUUUCCAUUGGGUGAAGUGACCAAACACCCUCUGUUUCCCCUACCCUCCACUGCUGCUCAGAUUCCCUGGGAGUCUUCCCCAUGUGUCUGGAAGAAGCCCCUCGUGCUACAGGGUUUUCCUUAGCCACUCUGAAAGCAAUACAACUCCAGUUCAGUUUCCUAACUGGGGUUAGGCCCAAAGAGAGGUCAAGUUGGGGGCUGCAGGCAUCUCCCCGAGGGCAAUCAGUCUGCCUAAAGUCUGCCUUUUCUGAUCCCAUUGCCUUCCCAGCACACGGGAAGGGGCCUUUGUCAGAGAUGUCACCUUCCCGGAAAGCAGGGCUUUACACCACCAUGUUCAGGUGAACCAACUUUGGCAAUCAAGAAACAUGGGAGAUGAGGGAGGUGUUCCGCAGUGUCUGACACCCUCAGAACAGGUGGUGUCAAUUCUGACCCCACAAUGCUCUGCUUCUGCAGGGAGCUUCUACAAUGCCAAAAACCCCUCUUCACCUGUGGACACAAGGGUGGGAGGUGCAUCAGAGAAGACAUCAGGGUCCCCACUGAGGAGUAGAUGGUGGUGGGUCUAAACAGCUACAAGCAGUCUUUAGGGAGUCCAAGGUCAAAAGGACCAUCUUUUCCCUGAUGUGUGUGG